CGGCAAAGAGAGAAAGACAUCCAUUCUUUAUUUCAUUUCUUGGCACCUUGUCUGAGACACUUUUCUCCAUCUUUCAAACAUGAAGUAUCGAUGCCUCGCCUCUUUGGGCAUUGCUGCCCUGGGUGCCGCUGCGACGGUCUCUGCCAACCCACUGCUGAACCGCGAAGCUGAAGGUCAAUGCCCCCAAGGCUACACCCAGAGCGUCUACUACAAGACUAUCACCCUCCAGCCCUCCUCUACUGCGUCAACUGCGCCAACCUCUACGCUCGCCAAUGCAGGGGAAGGCCAAUGUCCCGUUGGUUACACCCAGAGCGUCUACUACAAGACGAUCACUCUCCAGCCUACUUCAACUGCAUCCGUCGAGCCAACUUCUGCUCCCGCUGUUGAGCCAACCUCGACCCCUGCUGUCGAGUCGAGCUCUACCUCGAUUGAUCAGGUUACUACUCUGCACUCGUCUUCCACCUUUAUCGUGACUGAGGUCGUGACUGCAACCCCUGCGGUCGCCACCACGAGCUCCGCGGUCGAGAGCGCUGCACCAGUUGCCACCACCCCCUCCGCUGCCGAAGCUUCCCCUGCUGCUGAGACUAGCACUGCUGUGGAGGCUACCUCUUCUUCCUCUUCCUCGGUCGUUGAGGUGACGACCAAUGCUGCUGCCAAUGCCGCCGCAACUACUGCUGCCGCUCAGCCUACCCCUGAGGCUGUUACCACUGAGGUUGCAACUACUGAAGCUGCCGCGACCACCGAAGCAGCUGCCCAGCCUAGCCCUGAAGCCGCUACCACCGAGGCUGUUACUACCCAGGCUGCUGCUGCCGCUGCUACUUGGCACGGCCCUCUCCUCCCAACGCUGGGACAACGCAGCCGAAUGUGGUGCCUGUGUCGAGGUCACUGGCCCUAGCGGUACCAAGAUCAAGGCCAUGGUUGUCGACGAAUGUCCCGAAUGCGACUCCAACCACCUCGAUCUCUUUGAGAGCGCCUUCUCUGAACUGGCCGACAUCUCUAAGGGCGUUAUCAGCAUCGACUGGGAGUACGUUGCCUGCGGUAUCACCUCCCCGAUCGAACUGGUCAACAAGAGCGGCACCUCCGCCUACUGGUUCGCCAUGCAGGUCGUCAACUCCAACCUGCCCGUCACCAAGCUCGAGGUCAGCACCGACAGCGGUAGCACCUGGCAAUCUACCACCCGUUCCUCCUAUAAUUACUUCGAGAACCAGAGCGGUUUCGGUACUGACAC